AAAAAAAAAAGGGGGGGGGGGGCUGUCGGGUUGUCUGUUAUUAUUUUUGUACACGACAAUAGCUGAGCAGCUCUUCUGUUGUCCCUCAAACACAGACGUAAAAAUUAGCUUUCGGACUACACUGACAACCGAGCGGCUACUAUGGGUGCCGCUUCGAGCACCGAGGCAGAAAGGGAGCCGCUUCUUGCUCCGACUUCCGCUGGGACUACUAACAGCCAGCCUGUAAACAGCCGGGUCUAUGGCAGAAGAUGGCUGGUUUUGACCCUGUUUUCCCUGCUGGCGCUCAUGCAAGGGAUGGUCUGGAACUUCUGGGGACCCAUUCAGAACUCGGCUGUAAAGGCUUACGGGUUCACCAAGUCUGACAUCGCAGUUUUGGUUCUGUGGGGCCCGGUUGGGUUCUUUCCCUGGUUGCUGUUUAUGUGGUUAAUGGACAAAAAAGGAUUACGGGCUUCCCUCCUGCUCUCGGCCUUCUUCAUGCUGCUGGGAUCGGCCAUGCGAAGCAUCCCGCUGACGGACCUGCACCUCAGACGGUGGUUAAUACAUGGAGGCCAGUUUCUGAACGGUCUGGCCGGGCCAACCAUAAUGAGCGCCGGGCCGUACCUCUCCACCACGUGGUUCGCCCCCGACCAGAGAGCAACGGCCACAGCCGUGGCCUCUCUGUUCUCCUACCUGGGAGGCGCCACGUCGUUCAUAGUGGGACCUCUCAUCGUUCCAGCUCCCAACAACUCCCAGACGGGCGCCGCGCCGCCGUCCACCGCCUUCAUCCGGAACAGAAUCCAGCUGGUUUUGUAUGCAGAGUUGGCGGCGAUCGGGCUGUUUUUUGUAGCCGUGCUGCUCUACUUCCCGUCGCGCCCGCCCGUGCCCCCCAGUGUGGCCGCGGCCAGCCAGAGGCUCAGCUACAGGAGCAGCAUCUGCAGACUCCUCAGUAACUUCCGUUUCCUGAUGAUUGCGUUGGCCUACGCCGUCUCCACUGGAGUGAUCGGCGGCUGGUCUGGAGUCCUGGACAUGGUUCUGACUCCAGCCAACGUCAGCCAGGUGGAUGCAGGCUGGAUUGGUUUCUGGUCUAUUGUUGGCGGAUGUGUGUUUGGAAUAGCAAUGGCCAGAUUUGCAGACUCCAUCCGUGGGAUGCUGAAGCUGAUUCUGGUGCUAAUGCUGGCAGGAGCCUCGCUGUCCUCGACGUGGUUUACGCUCACCUGUUUGAGCACAAUUACCCACCUUCCGGUCACCGCAGCCAUCCUCUACACUUCCUGCAUCCUGGUUGGCAUAUUCGUUAACAGCAGCGUGCCGAUAUUCUUCGAACUCUCCAUUGAGACGGUGUACCCGGUCCCUGAAGGAGUCACCUGUGGUGUCGUCACCUUCCUGGGGAACCUGGCUACUGGACUUCUUCUCUUCUUCCUCACCUUUUACCCAACAAAUUUGUCGUGGCUGAACUGGUGUGUAACCGGCUCGUGUCUCUUCAGCCUCGUCCUUGUCCUCUUCUUCAGGGAGUCCUACGAUCGUCUCUACCUGGACGUCUUUGUGUCCGUGUGACACUUACGAGGAAAAAAAAA